AUGUACAUAAGGGCUAUUAAUGGGCGUUAUGGAGGUGCUUGUCAUGAUUCACAUGUUUGGAAUUUAUCAGAGGAGAGGAAAUAUUUAAAAGAAAUGUUCCAAACUGGUGAUACUGGAACAAGAAUAUUAGGUGACUCUGGAUAUCCAUUGGAACCAUGGAUUUUGACUCCAUACAGAAAUGCUGCUGAAAAUUCCGCGGAAUCCUAUUUUAAUGACCAACAUUCGAAAGGAAGGUCGAUUAUUGAAAGAACGUUUGGAUUAUUCCCCAGAAAAGGCGGUCCAAAUUCUUAAUGUCUGUUGUGCACUACAUAACAUUUGUUUACUGUACAAAGUUGAAACCCCU